UAGCUGCGAUGGCGAUAGCUUCGCUCUUAAUGCUCACCUGUAUACUCCAGGCUAUCAGCACGGCCGCAGGUCAACACAACGCCAGACUGCAAGAGUUUGACUCGAAGGCGAGCGGAGUUGUGCAAGAGGCGCGGGUUCAGCUGGCGAUUCUGACUAAUCAGCUGAUGACAAAUGCUACUAUCUUGACACAGAAUGCAGAAAGAAAUGCGAGUUUGUUGUUGACAAAUCUGAAAAAUGACAUCAAUAAGGGUAUAUCCGAUGCCCAGAUCAAAGCCAGUCAGAUCGGAACGACUUUCCAAACCAACCUUACCAAGCAAGUAGAGGAGGCCAUGAAACAAGUGGACAACAUCUACACCCGCGUCGAGUCUUCGCUGAGAACCCACAACAACAACAUAGAGGAGACAGUCAAGCGACUGAUCAACAACACUGAGCAACAACUGGCCAAGGUGGUCGCCACGGCUAGGUCUGGGCUGGUGGGUGGCUCCACCCCAGUGGCUCCCUCAACCACUACCCCAGUGGCUCCCUCAACCACCACCCCAGUGGCUCCCUCAACCACCACCCCAGUGGCUCCCUCAGCCACCACCCAGGGACCAUGAGAAGUAUGCAUCUGUGGAUUUGAAAAAUGCUCGAGUGAAACACAGAGCAGGCGUCGGAUGCAUAUUUUCUUAAA